AUGGGAGACUGGAACUUCCUGGGCGGGAUCCUGGAGGAGGUCCACAUCCACUCCACCAUGGUGGGCAAGAUCUGGCUCACCAUCCUCUUCAUCUUCCGCAUGCUGGUCCUGGGCGUGGCGGCGGAGGACGUGUGGAACGACGAGCAGUCGGACUUCAUCUGCAACACGGACCAGCCCGGCUGCCGCAACGUGUGCUACGACCGCGCUUUCCCCAUCUCCCUGAUCCGCUACUGGGUGCUGCAGGUCAUCUUCGUGUCCUCCCCGUCCCUCGUCUACAUGGGCCACGCCAUCUACCAGCUGCGCGCCCUGGAGAAGGAGCGCCACUGCAAGAAGUCGGCGCUGCGGCGCGAGCUGGAGGCGGUGGAGGCGGAGCACGCGGAGGUGCGGCGCCGGAUCGAGCGGGAGAUGCGGCAGCUGGAGCAGGGCAAGCUGAACAAGGCGCCGCUGCGGGGCUCGCUGCUGCGCACCUACGUGGCCCACAUCGUGACGCGCGCCCUGGUGGAGGUGGGCUUCAUGUCGGGCCAGUACCUGCUCUACGGCCACCGCCUGGACCCGCUGUUCAAAUGCGAGCGGGAGCCCUGCCCCAACCUGGUGGACUGCUUCGUGUCGCGGCCCACCGAGAAGACGGUGUUCAUGAUGUUCAUGCAGGCCAUUGCCUGCAUCUCGCUGUUCCUCAGCGUGCUGGAGAUCCUGCACCUGGGCUACAGGAGGCUGAAGAAGGGCCUGCUGGACUACUACCCCCACCUCAAGGACGACCUGGACGAGUACUACGGCAGCAAGUCCAAGGAGAACUUGACGGCGCACCAGGUGUGCACGGGCGCCUCGGCGGGCCGCAAGCCCACCCUCCCCACCGCGCCCAGCGGGUACACGCUGCUGCUGGAGAAGCAGGGCAACGGGCCGACCUACCCCCUCCUCAGCACCUCCCCCGCCUUCGUCCCCGCGCUCCCCCCGGAGCUCGGCGGGGGGGCGGAGCCGGGCCCGGGGAGCCGCAACGAGGCGGCGGCGGCGGCGGCGGCGGCGGCGGCGGUGGUGUUGCCCCGGUCCACGGAGCAGAGCAGCAACUCCAACAACACGGGCGUCGAGCCGCGCUCCCCGCCCGCGGACAAGCAGGCCCGGCCCGAGGGGCUUCUGGCCCGGGGGCCGGCCCUCCCCGGGGACACGGAGUGCGGGGGCUCCGAGUACCCCACCCUCCCCGUCAGAGACACCUCCUCGUGCCCCUCCCUGGCGGGGAACCCCGUGAGGAAGAUCCGCCGCGCCAGCCCGCCCUGGAACUGCUCCACGGUGCAGGAGGGCAACGUGUCCGACAGCGGGGACUCGUACCCGGGGAACGUCCACGGGAAAGUCCGGGGCUCCUCCUGCGGGCCCCGCACCCGGACCGUCGCCAAAGCGGAGGCCAAGAGGCCGAGCCGGUCCCAGAGCCCGGACUCUGUGGGAGAGCUGAGCUCGGCGUCGCGGCACAGCCGGGAGAGCACCAGUCCCCCCGUCGCCUCCUCCCCCAACCGCCGCACCUCGGGGGCUAGCAGCGCUAGCAGCAGGAGGGCCGCCACUGACCUGCAGGUGUAG